CGUAUAUCACUUUAUAUCAAUCGGGUGCCUUCGUUUAUAAUAAAACUUGAUUGAUCCUUCCAUCAGAGAUCUCAUCUCAGACCUCGAGGGGCUGAUCUCUCUCUCUCACUCCUCAAUUCAACUCAUUGCCCUAACUUCCAAUUCACACCAACACCUCCAGAUUCAUCACGAUCUCAUCAAUUCACAACUAACAGAUCCACCUCAACACAAUCGAACAUGGCCGGAGGUGCUGCCGGAGGUUUUGUCACUCGAGCAUUUGAAUCAAUGCUCAAGGAGUCUUACGGAAAGAAGUAUACGUCACUUCAGACCGCAAUCCAGUCGUAUUUAGACAAUUCAAAGGAGAUCAAUAAAGAGUCAGUAUCAAGUGAUGCAAACAAAGUGACAUCUUCAAAUGGAGAAAAGAGUGUGCCUGAAACUGAUGAUGGAACUGCAACAAAGGAAGCGGAGGUGGAUGCAACACCUUCAGCUUCACACGACACUGAGGCAGCGGAAACCGGUGGUGGUCUGGCGGCAUCAGGCGGCAGCGUCAAGACAACUUUGGCUAGUGCUGGCCAUACUUUGGAAGGAUCCGAGUCUGAGCUUGUUCUUAAUCCACUAAGGCUUGCAUUUGAGACCAAAAACCCGAAAGUCCUUGAGCUUGCAUUGGAUUGUCUUCAUAAACUCAUUGCAUAUGAUCAUCUAGAGGGUGAUCCUGGUCUAGAAAACGGUAAAAAUGGUCUUCUGUUUACGGAGAUUCUGAAUAUGGUCUGCAGCUGCGUUGACAAUUCCUCACCAGACAGUACAACUCUUCAGGUUUUGAAAGUGCUACUUACUGCUGUUGCAUCUGCCAAAUUUAGAGUUCAUGGGGAAGCUUUGCUUGGGGUAAUUAGAGUGUGUUACAACAUUGCUCUUAACAGUAAAAGUCCUGUAAACCAAGCUACAUCCAAGGCUAUGCUAACCCAAAUGAUCAGCAUAGUGUUCAGGCGAAUGGAAAUGGAUCUGACGUCUGCAAAUAAACAAAGCGGUUCAUCUACAAAGGUUGAAGAAAGCUCUUCAAACGAUACCCCUAUUGCACCUCUGGAGGAGCUUCAAAAUCUUGCUGGUGGGACCGACAUAAAGGGUCUAGAGGCAGUUCUUGACAAGGCUGUGAAACUUGAAGAUGGUGGAAAGACUACUCGUGGGACUGACCAGGAGAGCAUGGGCAUUGGACAACGUGAUGCUUUGUUACUUUUUCGCACCCUUUGCAAGAUGGGUAUGAAGGAAGAUAAUGAUGAAGUUACUGUAAAGACACGUAUUCUCUCUCUCGAACUUCUACAGGGGUUGUUGGAGGGGGUUAGUUACUCCUUCACUAAGAACUACACCAUCAUCGUCUCUGUUAAAGCUUACCUAUCAUACGUGUUACUACGCGCGUCAGUUUCACAAUCCCCAGCCAUUUUUCAAUACGCAACAGGAAUUUUCUCCGUGCUAUUGUUGCGUUUUAGGGAAAGCCUUAAGGUGGAAAUUGGUAUCUUCUUUCCUUUGAUUGUUUUGAGAUCUUUGGAUAGCUCUGAAUACCCACUUAACCUUAAAUUAAGUGUUCUCCGAAUGCUGGAGAAAGUUUGCAAGGAUCCACAGAUGCUCAUUGAUCUUUAUGUGAACUAUGAUUGUGAUCUUGAUGCUCCAAAUUCAUUUGAAAAAAUGGUGACGACCCUAUCAAGAAUUGCGCAAGGGACUCAAAGUGUGGAUCCAAACUCAGUUAACGCUACUCAAAUUGGAUUAAUCAAAGGCUCAUCGCUUCAGUGCCUUGUGAGCGUGUUAAAAUCACUAGUUGACUGGGAGAAGCUGCGAAGAGAGUCAAAGCAAAAUGAAGACCAAAAAUCAGUUGAGGAAGAUUCUUCAGCUACAGAGUCUCAAGACACUGGUGAUGUAGCAAAUAACUUUGAGAAAACCAAAGCUCACAAAUCUACCAUGGAAGCUGCAAUUUCUGAGUUCAACCGUCAUCCUGUGAAGGGUAUUGAAUUUCUGAAAUCGAAUAGUUUGGUGGAGAAUACGCCAAUUUCAGUUGCUCAGUUUCUCAGAAAUACGCCCAGCUUGGACAAGGCGAUGAUUGGUGAUUACUUGGGUCAACAUGAGGAAUUUCCUCUUGCUGUAAUGCAUGCUUAUGUUGAUUCUAUGAACUUUUCUGGAAUGAAAUUUCAUGCAGCUAUACGUGAAUUUUUGAGAGGUUUUCGGCUUCCUGGUGAAGCACAGAAGAUAGAUCGUAUAAUGGAAAAGUUUGCAGAACGUUACUGUGCAGAUAAUCCAGGUCUUUUUAAGAACGCAGAUACGGCUUAUGUUCUUGCAUAUGCAGUUAUAAUGUUAAAUACUGAUGCUCAUAAUCCAAUGGUGUAUCCAAAAAUGACUAAACCCGAGUUUGUGCGAAUGAACGCGACAAAUGAUCCAGAAGAAAGUGCACCAACAGAACUUUUGGAGGAAAUUUAUGAUUCAAUUGUUAAAGAAGAGAUAAAAAUGAAAGAUGACUUGGAGAAAAACAGCAAAAAGCCAGAUUCUGAGGAAAGAGGCGGGGGUAUUAUUGGUAUUCUUAAUCUGGCUCUCCCAAAACAGAAAAGUCAAACGGAUAGACAGUCAGAGAGUGAAGCUAUUAUCCAACAAACACAAGCGAUUUUCAGGAACCAAGGGGCAAAAAGGGGAACGUUUUAUACUUCACAUAAAAUUGAGCUUGUAAGACCCAUGGUUGAAGCUGUAGGGUGGCCACUGCUUGCUACUUUUGCAGUAAGUAUGGAGGAACGAGAAAAUAAAAAUAGAGUGUUUUCAUGUAUGGAAGGGUUUAAAGCAGGAAUUCACAUUACGCAUGUGCUCGGAAUGGAUACCAUGCGUUAUGCUUUUUUGACAUCACUCAUCAGAUACACUUUCUUACAUGCACCCAAAGAUAUGCGUAGUAAAAAUGUGGAAGCGUUACGGACAUUGCUUGAUAUAAGUGACUCAGAGCCUGAUGCACUCCAAGACACUUGGAAUGCGGUUUUGGAGUGCACGUCUCGGCUAGAGUAUAUUGUAUCUACUCCUGCUAUGGCUGCAACCGUUAUGUUUGGUUCUAACCAGAUCUCGAAGGAUGCGGUACUCCAAUCUUUAAGGGAACUGGCGGGAAAACCAUCUGAGCAAGUCUUUGUGAAUAGUGUUAAACUCCCGAGUGAGUCGGUGGUUGAGUUUUUUACCGCUUUGUGUAAUGUUUCCGCUGAAGAGUUGAAGCAGAAUCCAGCGCGUGUUUAUAGCUUACAAAAACUUGUGGAGAUCAGUUACUACAAUAUGGCUCGUAUUCGUAUGGUAUGGGCUAGAAUAUGGUCUGUUCUUGCUAAUCAUUUUAUAUCAGCUGGGAGCCAUCAUGAAGAGAAAAUAGCAAUGUAUGCUAUAGAUUCUCUACGACAACUUGGCAUGAAAUACCUCGAGCGUGCAGAACUUGCCAAUUUCACAUUUCAAAACGACAUCUUAAAACCGUUUGUCGUGCUUAUGAGGAAUAGUCGGAGUGAAUCAAUCAGAAGAUUAAUUGUUGAUUGCAUUGUUCAGAUGAUCAAAUCAAAAGUUGGAAGCAUUAAAUCUGGUUGGCGAAGUGUUUUUAUGAUUUUCACAGCUGCUGCAGACGACGACUUAGAACCAAUUGUUGAAAGUGCUUUUGAGAAUGUAGAACAGGUUAUACUGGAACACUUUGAUCAAGUUGUUGGUGACUGUUUUAUGGACUGUGUCAAUUGUCUAAUUGGUUUUGCUAACAAUAAAACUUCUCACCGCAUCAGCUUAAAGGCAAUCGCCCUUCUUCGCAUAUGCGAGGACCGACUUGCAGAGGGCCUUGUGCCAGGUGGCAGCCUGAAGCCCAUUGAUGACAAUGCAGAUGCAAGUGUCGAUAUUACGGAGCAUUAUUGGUUCCCAAUGCUGGCUGGUUUAUCUGAUCUGACAUCUGAUCCACGACCCGAAGUCAGCAACUGUGCCCUAGAAGUAUUGUUUGACUUGUUGAACGAAAGAGGAAGUAAAUUCUCAGCAAAUUUCUGGGAAAGUAUUUUCCACCGCGUUCUAUUUCCCAUUUUUGAUCACAUAAGACAUGCUGGAAAAGAGACCGAAUCUUAUGGAGAUGAAUGGAUUCGUGAAACUAGUAUUCAUUCGUUACAGUUGUUAUGCAACCUCUUCAAUACUUUUUACAAGGAGGUAUCUUUCAUGCUGCCCCCACUGCUAAAUCUGCUCUUAGAUUGUGCUAAAAAGACAGAUCAAUCAGUUGCAUCAAUUUCACUUGCUGCAUUGGUCCACCUCAUAGAAGUUGGGGGACACCAAUUCAGUGAUAGUGAUUGGGAUACCUUGUUGAAAAGCAUAAGAGAUGCUUCAUAUACGACUCAACCCCUUGAGCUACUCAAUGCUUUGGGUAUAGAAAGUGGCAAGAGUAGAGCGGUUAUUUCUAGAGAUUUGGAGGGUCCCUCAAAUGAUAAUUCCUCAGUUGUGUCUACUAAUGGUCAAGUGCUAGAUAUUCAAGAAGGAAGGCCAUCAAUGGAUCUGCAUGAAUCUGAAGGUCAAACACCUUCACCCGGAAAGAUCCGGAAAGCAUCUGAAUCUGCAGAAUUCCAAAGAAGUCAAACAAUUGGUCAACGACUAAUGGGAAAUAUGAUGGACAAUCUCUUUGUUAGAACUUUUACCUCUAAGCCCAAGAAUCCGGCUUCAGAUGCUGCGAUACCAGCUUCACCAUCCAAGUCUAUGGAUGUUGUGGAACAUGAUACCGAAGAUGUGACCGAAAGUCCAUUCAUGGGAAUCAUAAGGGGCAAAUGUGUAACACAGUUGCUACUACUAGGCGCCCUUGAUAGCAUCCAGAAAAAGUACUGGAGCAAGUUAAAGGCAUAUCAAAAGAUUACAAUACUGGAAAUUUUGUUCUCUAUGUUGGAGUUUUCCGCAUCAUAUAAUUCAUACACGAAUCUCAGACUACGGAUGCAACACAUCUCUUCUGAAAGGCCGCCUUUGAACCUUCUACGCCAGGAGCUCGCCGGGACUUGCAUUUAUUUAGACGCCUUACAAAAAACAACUUCUUGGGUCGAACCGGCUCAAAAUGGUUCUCUUGAUGAAACUGACGAUGCUACAGUCAAGACUGAUGCCGAAGAGAAACUCGUGUCUUUUUGUGGACAAGUGCUAAAAGAAGCGUCUGAUUUCCAGUCAAGUAUUGGAGAGACAAAUAACAUGGAGAUUCAUCAAGUUCUCGGAUUACGUUCCCCGAUCAUUGUUACGGUUCUUAAGGGCAUGUGUAUAAUGGACAGCCAGAUAUUCAAGAAACACCUCAGGAGUUUCUACCCUUUGAUCACCAAACUUGUAUGCUGUGAGCAGAUGGACAUUCGUGGUGCUGUUGCGGACCUUUUCAGCAUGCAACUAAACGGACUUGUGCAGUAGUGAUUCAUAUUAGCAAGUAGCGACUGGAUACUUUUUGAGCAGACAUCAGCCGCGCGAUAUCAUUUUAUUUUGUCUGUAUUGUUUUUGUAUUUGAUGAUGUAUACAGGUGAUGACUAGUUUUCUUGUAGCAUAUAUACAAAAGGACAUGAAGUCUUAUGAGUUGUAGGACAUGUUUGUUAAAUCAGAUGUGGCAAACGCUAGUUACUUGCUGGAUGACUUGGUGUGGUCUUCUUUUGUACCUAGAUUUUCUAUUUAUGAGUGUUUAAUGGCCAUAA